AUGAGAGACUCUAACUAUAGGUCCAUCACAAACAAUAGGGCCGCGGUGACGAUCACCACCAGUCUCUACGACCGGCGGGCGCUUGAUGUGACCGCUGAUAAACCACUCGUCAACUCCCUCAACCACUUAACAUACUUGGUAUCAUCGAGCGCAAAAGUCAGAGAAACACUUUCCAACGACGGAGGCAUCGAGAGGCUCGUAGAAAUACUCCACGAGUGUCACAAUACUACUUUCAACGCCCAAGAUAACAUAUUCAACUCGGAGAAAAAAUUACUCACGGCAUGGAAAUGGACUUUGGCGUUCCAGUGUCUUGUUUUGAUCGGCACAGGUGGCACUGAGAAGAUCCGCCUGAAAGUGGUGGCGGCAGGUAUGCUUCCGAUUAUUGCAACGGUUUUGGAUAACUACAUGAGUCUUCACGAAGGCAGCUUAGUCCCAGCUGGCGCCACACCACCGGUUUGCCCAUACAUGCAUCCCAACGCUCAGAACGGGCAGUAUAUGAAUUUUGGUGAAGGCGGUACGCGGCAUCCCGAUUUUGUAAGAAGAGAGGAACUCCGAUCUCGUCAGGAUCUUGGAGAGCUCAGGCCCCGUCAGGAACUUGCUGACAUCAACACCCCAACGGCCUCAGCUGUUGCUUCUGCUGGUAACGCGGCUGCUGCUGCAAACGCUCUCCAAAACAUGGAACUUGGGGAAAAUACAAUGAGCCAGCCACAGCUACCGUAUGAGCCUAGAAUGACUCAAGCGGACGCUAUGGCUCGCAUGGGAGGUUUACACAUUAACAGUCUUACAUGCGAGGAUUAUGAGAACCUCACGGUAGACCAAAUGCUCCGGCUAGUACGCUGCACCAAUAGCCUUCCUAGUUUGAACGGCCAGGAUGCUGUACUUGGUGGCCGGGGCUCUGCCGUGAACAACGACAUUCGUCGUCGUUUUCUCAUUGUGACCAUCCUCAAGAAGAUCAAGGAGGAGAAGGAACAAGAAUGCCCAGAGCCCUCUUACAGAGAGCCCGUUGAGUAUGACAUGGACUGCAACUUGCAGUUUCUUUCCGACCUCUAUCUUCAAGAUGAGCGCAGCACGCAUAUCACUAAUAUGAUUCACGCGAAGAGCGCACCCAGAAACUUUACUGAGACUGGCGUCGUGAUCCCUCGUGAUGAUGACGUCGUUUGGUGUCUUCAGUUGUUGGCUUACAUCUCCAAGUACCCCUAUUUGAAGGAAACUUUGCAGAACACUCACACUGUUAUAGACAUGAGUAUAAGGGACAAGAAGCACAAAAGCUUCUCUGGAGACCGGAUGAAGGCCAAUAUAAGUUCUAGCUCUAGCAACGGAGGAAAAGACUUGUCUGCCAAUGCUCGUGAAGCUCUUCUAGCACGGAAGGGUAGAAUCUUAUCUUCUCACGGGCAUGACAACAAUGAUAAUUUCCUCGAGCGUUUCAACGCAUCCCCAUCGAAUCUGCCUCAAAUGCUGAGUGAUUUAAAUCUCCGCGAUGAUAACUUCAACCUUAACGAUGACAUGUUGGAUUUGUACGAUAAACCCAACGAUCGUCUCACUGAAGAUGCGGAGGCAAACGAUUUGGAUGACGACGGAGACUCCGAAGACAGUGAUCAUAGAAAUAAGGACGAUGACGGCGACGUCAAUGAGUACUUACUGAGUUUUGAAGACAAUGUCACCAUGUCGAAUCACGAUCUGUCAAGUCUUAGCAAGCUUUACGAUCAAAUCAUCGACGCCGAAUCCAUUGUCAAUGAUUUGGAUAGGGAGAUUGCUCUUUAUCAAAUAAGUGAAAAGGUCAACAAGCACAUCGAAUCAGAGUGUCAGGCAUUGAGCGACACCAUCGUCAAGAAGAGAGCAGAAGAAGUCGAGUACCUCUCAGAAAAAUGGAACUAUGAAACUUAUGCUUACUUCGAUAUUGAUGAUGAUGGCGACAAUAUUCACGGCGAUUACGAUAUGUCCUUGAUUGAACACAAGAGGGUUAACCUUUUCCCUAUGGUGGAGAAAUUCACUUUUUUGGCAGGCACAGACAUGUACUACUGGUCUGGUGUCAUUAUGAGAAAUUCUUGCCGCCGUAACGACCUCAAAGGUGGCGUAAGACAGUGCGGCAACCUCGAAUGUGGCAAAUGGGAAAGCUACCCACGUGAGUUCAGCAAGUGCAAGAAAUGCAAGAGAACCAAGUAUUGCUCCAGAGAAUGCCAAAUGAGGGCCUGGCAUUGCCACAAAAAUUGGUGUGUCCCUAGUGCUUCCUCAACGAAGAGAGGAAGUUUCAUCCCCCAUCAUAAUGACAACGAACAGAGAUCUCGUGGUAGCGGUGCCACAAUCACUGUCAGAAGAAUCGGCUCCACAGAUGCCGAUGGUAUGACUCUGAACACGGAUGGCAUGCCUCACAAUUCAGCAUCAGAGUAA